AUGCACAUCCAAUUCCCAUGAAAGCCCACUCUUCCCAGGGCUUGCUGGGAGGGAAGGAUAACUGCAGGCUCCCCUGGGAUGCCCCAUCAUGAGAGAAAUGAGUUUUUUCUUCCAGAUGAGACUGAAACUGAGCUAGUACCACAGAGCAGCGAUAAAACGCUCUACUGUGAGGCCGAACCCCCGCCAACUGUAGAAAAAGUGAAACCAGCCCGGGAGAAUUCGGAAACAGACCUGGAGAUUGAAGAUAAUGAGAAAUUUUUCACCACUGGACAAAAGGAGCUGUACCUGGAGGCCUGCAAACUGGUGGGUGUAGUGCCUGUCUCCUACUUCAUUCGGAACAUGGAGGAGUCCUACGUGAACCUCAACCACCACGGCCUGGGCCCCAGGGGUACCAAGGCUAUUGCUAUAGCCCUGGUGUCCAACACGGCUGUUACCAAACUGGAGCUGGAAGACAAUUGCAUCAUGGAGGAGGGCGUCUUGAGCCUGGUGGAGAUGCUACAAGAGAACUACUACCUCCAGGAGAUGAAUAUUUCCAACAAUCACCUUGGUUUGGAGGGGGCCAGAAUCAUCGCAGAUUUCUUCGAGAGAAAUAGUUCUUCCAUCUGGAACCUUGAGCUUUCAGGAAAUGACUUCAAGGAAGAAUCCGCAGCACCACUCUGCCAAGCCCUGUCGACCAAUUACCGAAUUAAGAAGCUGGAUCUCAGUCACAACCAAUUCUCUGAUAUAGGAGGGGAGCAACUGGGCCAGAUGCUGGCCAUCAAUGUGGGACUCACGUCACUGGAUCUGAGCUGGAAUAACUUCCACACAAGGGGAGGUGUGGCCUUGUGCAACGGUCUCCGGGGUAAUGUGACCCUGACAAAGCUGGAUCUCUCCAUGAAUGGCCUUGGGAAUGAGGGGGCUGUGGCCCUAGGGGAGGUCCUCCGACUCAACAGCUGCCUGGUCUACCUGGAUGUCGGCGGCAAUGACAUUGGCAAUGAAGGGGCCUCCAAAAUCAGCAAAGGACUGGAAUCCAAUGAAAGCCUCAAAGUUCUGAAGCUUUUCCUGAAUCCCAUAAGUAUGGAUGGGGCUAUUUUACUUAUCCUGGCUAUCAAGAGGAACCCCAAAUCCAGGAUGGAAGAGCUUGAUAUUUCUAACGUGCUGGUGUCCGAGCAGUUCAUGAAAACGUUGGAUGGAGUGUAUGCCGUUCACCCGCAGCUGGAUGUGGUGUUCAAGGCAGUACAAGGCCUCUCUGCCAAGAAAACCAUCUUUUUGUUGACAAACCCCAUGAAACUGAUCCAGAACUAUGCAGACCAGCACAAAAUCACGGUCAUGGACUUCUUCAAGAGCUUGAACCCUACCGGGACAAUGAAGAUGUCUGUGGACGAGUUCCAGAAAGUGAUGAUAGAGCAAACCAAGGUCCCUCUGAACCAGUACCAGGUCAGGGAGGUGAUAAAGAAGCUCGAUGAGAAGACAGGCAUGGUGAACUUCAGUUUGUUGAACACAAUGAAGCCAUAG